UUAUCUUAAAAGAAAAUAACCUUUCCGAAAACCAUAGAGGAUGGGAUUAUCUUGUGUUUUGUGUCCAGAGGAGGAGCUAAAUACUCAGAGAGUGGGGGAGUUUCCUGUAAAAACAAUGCAGAGGGAGUCAGAGUGGAGGACUUAUUCUGUUCAAUGUGUUUAAAGUCAGUGUUUCUUUCAAACAGCCAGAAUGAUGUUUUACUGUUUAUUACUUCUGUUUUCAACAAUAGUGGACAACAGUUUUCAGGAUGAAAUAACACCAGCAGCUAAAGAAGUGCAUGUUUUGGAGGGAAGCAGCGUUACACUCUCAUGCACUUACACAGCUGCUGCAAACUAUCUGUACUGGUAUCGUCAAUACGCCCGAUCCAAACCAGAAUUCCUCAUCCGGGUCGCAGGAACCCUCAGUAAAAAAGACGAAAAAGGACGUUUUAAUGUUACAAAUGAUAAAGACAACAAGCAUGUGCAUCUGGAGUUCACUGCUGAAGUGACAGACUCUGCUCUGUACUACUGUGCCCUGCAGCCCACAGUGACAGCUAUCAUGAUUUUGCAGUGUUUGUCUCUUAUAUUUUCAACAAUGGUGGGUGAUAGUUUUCAAGAUUCAAUAACUCCACUAAAGGACACAGUACAUGCCAUGGAGGAUAGCAAUGUUUCACUGUCAUGCACCUACACUGGCAUUGCAGGCCUUACAAAGUAUCUGCACUGGUAUCGUCAAUAUGACACAUCCAAACCAGAAUUCCUCAUUCUCAUUGGAGAUGUUCGUGGGAGUGAGACGAAGAGAGAUGGACGAUUUAAUGUUAAACUUGAGAACAGCCGCGUGGAUCUGGAGAUCUCCUCUGCUGAAGUGACAGACUCUGCUCUGUACUACUGUGCCCUGCAGCCCACAGUGACAGGAAACCCAUCAUCUCUGUACAAAAACCUGACAGCACUUGAAACCAGUUGCAACAUAAGAACAUUACAAUGUAUGAAGGCAUAAUGAUGCAAAUUUGCAAUUCAGCCCAUCCACACUGCAUUUACCUAAAUGGCAAGCAUAGAAACACUGUUCAAAUUUUACCUCUCCGCUUUGAGUGUUUCAAGUUUUAUAUUCACUAGAUAUUCAUUUAUCAAACUGUAUUCUGACAAUUUUAAGACAAAACCCAGUUUUGUGACUUGAACCUUUGGGUGAUGUGUUUGUAUUAUUAUAUGUGCUUACAGUACUUCUAUAAGUAAUUUAUUCUUCAUGUCAUAUUUAACACUAUUGCAGAUGAACUGUAGCAGAACGCUAACAGUUGAAUUAGAAAUGAACUCAUGAACUGUGGUGU